CCUUAUCAUUCACUCUGUGUGCACUCACACCUAUGUUGUUAAACCUGGACUGAAGGCGUGUUUGAGGAGACUUCUAGAGAGAGGAGAAGGGUGGGAAUAAAUGGAGUUCACACUCACUGGAGCUCCAUAUGGAGCUCCAAGUGUAGAAGAUCCAGCAGCGAUCACUCCUGGUCAUUUAGUAUCCCUCGCUGAGGAAACAGAGCCUGCACAACCGGAGAAGUGUGAAGAAGGCAAAUGUCCUGCAGAAAUUACAGAUAGCCAGGCGCCAUACUCACUUGACAGUUCUCAAUCAUCAUCAGACAGUGAGGAUGAAUGCAAGAAGGAAAAGAAGAAGAAGAAGCUGAAGAAGAAGAGGAAGAAAAAGAAAGAUUCCAGCUCCUCUUCCUCAUCUUCUUCAUCAUCCUCCUCCAGUAGCUCCUCAGACAGUGAUAGCGAUAGCGAGGAUGACAAGAAGAAGAAGAAAAAGGAUAAGAAGAAAGAGGUGAAGGAGUACGUCUGGGACAAUAUGAUCAUAACACCAUCUGAGGAGCAAACGGAAUUUGCAGAGGACUUGAAGAUGAAGCCGGAUUCUAGCUCAUCUGAUGAUGACAAUGACAAGAAAGAGAAGAAGAAGAAGAAGAAGGACAAGAAGAAGAAGAAGAAGAAGAAGGAUUCCUCUUCAUCCGAUAGCUCCUCUUCUGACAGCGAGAAGGAAAAGAAAAAGAAGAAGAAAAAGGACAAGAAGAAAAAGAAAGACAAGAAGAAGAAAAAGAAGGAUUCCUCUUCCUCCUCAUCUGACAGUUCUUCCUCUGAUAGUGAAGAUGAAAAGAAGAAGAAGAAGAAAAAGAAGAAGGACUCUGGUUCUUCCUCUUCCUCUUCCUCCUCUUCUUCAUCUGACAGUGAUGAUGACAGGAAAAAGAAAAAGAAGAAAAAGGAUAAAAAGAAAAAGAAAGCUAAGAAAAAGGAUUCUAGCUCUUCAUCUUCAUCAUUGUCAUCGUCGUCCUGCUCCUCCUCUUCCUCCUCUGAUAGCGAUAAAGAUAAGAAGAAGAAGAAGAAGAAGAAGAAGAAGAAGAAGAAGAAGAAGAAGAAGGAUGAUAAAAAGAUUGACGAGCAAGAACUCAAUGGUGCUUCACUUUCCACAGCUGGUGGUGAUGUCACAGCUUCAAGUGUUGCAGGAGAGACAAAGAAAGAUACGGACGAUGACAAGUCUAAAGUGGCAGAAGAUGGAUCUGUUGUCUCUUUACCAGCAGGGGGAGGAGAGGUGUUCCCUUGUGGCACUGAGGAGGGCCACCUGAGUGAUGACGAGGGAGAGGACGGGGAUGAGAAGGAGGUGAAGAAGAAAAAGAAGCUGAAGAAGAAGAAAAAGCAUUCCAGCUCAUCUUCAGACAGUGAUGAUGACAAAAAAGACAAGAAGAAGAAGAAAAAGAAGAAGGAUUCCUCCAGCUCUUCUUCGUCAUCAUCAUCUGAUAGCUCUUCCUCAGACAGUGAGGAUGAGAAGAAAAAGAAGAAGAAAAAGAAGACGAAGAAGAAGGAUUCCAGCUCUUCCUCCUCUUCCUCAUCUGACAGUGAUGAUGACAAGAAGAAGAAAAAGAAGAAGAAGAAGAAGAAGGACUCAAGUUCCUCCUCCUCUACCUCCUCAUCUGACAGUGAUGAUGACAAGAAGAAGAAAAAGAAGUUGAAGAAGAAGAAAAAGAAGAAGAAGAAGAAGAAGAAGAAGAAGGACACAAGUUCCUCCUCCUCUUCCUCCUCAUCUGACAGUGAUGAUGACAAGAAGAAGAAGAAGAAGAAGAAAAAGAAGAAGUUGAAGAAGAAGGACUCCAGUCCCUCCUCCUCCUCCUCCUCGUCCUCAUCUGAUAGUGACGAUGACAAGAAGAAGAAGAAGAAAAAGAAGAAGAACAAGUUGAAGAAGAAGAAGGACUCUAGUUCCUCCUCCUCAUCUGAUAGUGACGACAGCAAGAAGAAGAAGAAGAAGAAAAAGAAGAAGAAGAAGAAGGAUAGCUCUUCCGAUGAUAGCUCUUCCUCCUCGUCCUCGUCCUCGUCUUCGUCCUCCUCCUCUGAUAGCGAGGAUGACAAGAAAAAAAAGAAAAAGGAUAAAAAGAAAGAUAAGAAGAAGAAGAAGAAGAAGGAGAAGAAAACGAAGAAGGAUUCUUCCUCUUCCAGUGAUUCUUCUAGUAGUGAUGAUGACAAAAAGAAGAAGAAGAAGAAGAAGAAAAAGAAAGACAAGAAGAAACAUUCAGAUUCUUCUAGCAGUGAUGAUGAGAAAAAGAAGAAGAAACACAAGAAGAAGAAAAAGAAGAAGGACAAAAAGGAUUCAAGCUCCAGUUCAUCAAGUUCUUCUGACAGUUCCAGUGACAGUGGCAAGGAAAACAAAAAGGCCAAGAAAGACAAGAAGAAAAAGAAGACGAGUUCUGCUGGAAGUGAGGCUGCUGAGAAGAAGAAGAAGAAGAAGACAAAGACUGAAAUUCCCGGUGCUGAGCAAAGCAGCCCCCCACAAAUGCAGGUGUUAGGCCCGGGUGCUGGCGGGUUCUCAGCAUCCAGCAGCAGCUACAAACCCGGUGGUGCUCCAGUUAUGACCUUUCCGUCUCUUCCCUCCAAACCUGUUGUAAACCUGGAUUCUCUGAGUCCCCCCUUCCUUCCCAAGCCCUCAGUGUCCUCGCUCAGUGGUGGAGACAGGGCCUCUUUUCGCAGACCUCUGAGUCCUAUGGAGUCUUUGAUGGGGAAUCCAAGUCGAUACAGGGACACAGGGACCCGCUCCACCACACAUCUCAGCUCUAGCGAUCUAAUCAGAGGCCCCAGGUCUUACAAGUGAUUAUAUGUCAGAGUUUUACUGCGUUUUAUAAAUAGGAUAAAUGAAAAGUCACGCUGUGGCAAUUCAAUAUGAUGUCUCAUUAUGCUGAAUUAAAGAACAUAUGUGUUUUGCGGGGUCAUUGGGAGUUAUCAAAAAAAUGUUUUUUGGAUCACAGGAAAUAAUUUAAUGCUUUUUCAUGCAAUAAAACAAUCUGAUUCAUUA